AUGGCAACGCCUCAACCGCUGGCAGAUCGCGCGCAAAGCGACACCGCGUCAGCUGUAUCAACCAACCAAGAGAGUUCUGGAGAGCUCACAGCUGUUGUUGACGACCUCUUGAACCAACUCAACACCAAGUUUACCACAGUCAGCAGCGAGCUACUUGCUAAGAUGGACGACAUGUCACGGCGACUGGACAAUCUUGAAGCAACUAUUCAGGCUGGAGAUGGUAACAAGGGUUCAGGACCUGGAAAGUAG